AUGUCUGAUCAAGACAAAACAGACUGGUCUCGCUGUGUGGUGUGUCAAGAGGUAAAGCCUUCACAAAAAUUACAGUGCCCAGCUGACACGAAACGUCAAAGCGAUGCAGGAGCUGGAUAUUCUACGCUAGCUGCAAAUAUCUAAAAAUUUCAUGAGCUUGGAUGCCUUCCCGUUAAUAUAAGUCCUUCCAGACUAGACGAGGGAAACGGCAUUGAGAACACUUUUGUGAAAAAUAAUGCAAAAUGGCAUAAGGGCUGCUACACGCUUUUCAAUGCAACAAAGUUAAAGAGAGCAGAAAAAAGACAUAGCGGCGAAUCAGAUCAGACCGUAGCACAGAAGUAUACCCGUUCAAUUUCUAGUGAUAUCCCUAAAAGCGUUGCAAUUUCUGUGAUGAGAUCAGUACACGCAGCAAGCCCCUUACGCAACGUGUCUACUUUUGGUUUAGACUCGUGAGUUCGUGCUAGUGCCUUCAAGCUUCGGGAUGAAAAGUUGUUAACGAAGCUCAGUCAGGGAACAGACCUCAUUGCUCUGGAGGCUAAGUAUCACCCUGCGUGUCUUGCUCAGCUCUAUAAGAAGGCAGACUCUCUAAAUGAAAGAGCCGAUCAGAAUGAAAAUGAAAUUUCCCCUGAGAGUAUCGUUUUGGCAGAGCUUGUUUCAUACAUUGAAGAAUCAAGUGAAUCCGUUUUUAAACUGGCUGAUCUUGCAAAAGUAUACCAAUCCCAUCUUCAACAGCUUGGGCGUCCUUCUACGGCACGUAUUAACAGCACUCGGCUAAAAGAGCGGAUUCUGACCCAUCUCCCAAGUCUAGAAGAUUACAGCGAAGGUCGGGAUGUAUACCUGGCAUUCAGAGAGAAGCUUGGCAAAAUUAUUCGAGGGGCUCAUGUGGUUGAUAGCGACAAAGAAGCUAUCCAUCUGGUAAAAGCGGCUAACAUUGUACGAAAGGACAUGUUAACAACAACAAACACUUUCAAUGGUUCUUUUGAUGCAAACUGCCAGGAAAACUCUGUACCAAAGUCUCUCCUGUCCUUAAUAAACAUGAUUCUUUACGGACCGAAUAUUGAAACCCAGUCCUGUAACCCGACUGCUAACCAACCUGGUGUGACCAUCGCUCAACUUCUGCAGUAUAAUUGUUAUGCACGUCGUAGAGGUACCAAACAAGAGC